AUGAAUGUAGACUCCAUGGACGUUCUUUACAGUCUGGCCGAGGAAGGUCACGAGAUAUACGUGAAUACCUUGGAUCCGAUGCUCUCCGAGUAUAUUGCCAAGAUCAACGUGAAUGAAGCCGUGGAUAUGGUAAGGUAUUUGUACGCUGAGAAUGGACUAGACGAUAAGGGAAGGCUUUUCACAGACUCCAAGUAUAAAAUAUGCAACGCUGAGGCGUUUCUAAAUGAUGGUCGUGGUAGCGGCCAUGCUGACAAUAAUGCAGAUGAAGAAGAAAUGGAUGCUGGAGAACGCGAUACAAAUAUGGACCCAGUAUCAUACGACUAUCUGGUAGCUGUAGGAUGCAGAUUCUGUGACUCUUCCAUAGAUUUCAAGAGCGCCUACAUGUUCUUUGACUAUGAAGGACCAAAUAACGGAUUCGUACAACCAAACGAGUUUCUGAGAUGCCAAACCUGCAACAGCAUCAUUGCACCCAUUUUUAAAAAGGGAGAUUCUGACUCUCUAGUGGAUUCCCUAAGGGCUGAUGAGGCGGAUGCUCAGUCGGUCUACCUCUACGGAACUAGAUCCGGGUAUGUCUUUGAAGAAUCCGGCAAGAGGUGGUGGAAGAGUCACAUGAACAGCGCACUACUUGAUGCCAAGAGUGCCAAAAAGAGCGGAAAACAAACUGUAAAGCAAAUUUGCGAAAAGUGUGGACAUGAUACACACACCUUCUCAACGUUCCAAGCCAGAUCAGCCGAUGAAGGCAUGUCGGUAAUGUACGAAUGCACCAAGUGCGGAAAUAGACUUGUAAUCGCAACAUAG